AUACGCCGUAAAUAGUAAAUACAAUAGUAUUUGUUAAUCGGUUUAUUGUCUUAUGAUUAAAGCUUAAGACGUUUAAGUAUUAAGUGUCAUACAACAUUUUACGAAUUCUUAAUACACCGCAUUUAUUCUGUGUAAAAAAAAAUAUUACUUCAUUUUCAUUUUUAAUUCCUGGAAUUAUUUUAUUUUAAACAAUGCCUAUGGAUUGUAUGGAUAACGUGAACUUGGGAAACUGUUUGUGGUUUGAAGGAGGAAGUGAAAAAAGAAAUGUUGUAUCUGGGAUGAUAGCAGGACUUUUGUUUGCAAUCGGAUGGUGGCUUAUAAUUGAUGGAAUGGCUGUAAACCCUAGUCAAGUGCCCGGUACCUAUCACAUAUGUGGAUUGAUUGGAACAUUUUCAUUGUUUAUGAUUAAUGUUGUAUCUAAUUCUCAAAUUCGAGGAGAAGCUUACUCAGGAGGAUGGUUUGGACCAAGAGGCGCUCGUAGUUGGUUAUUUAUGGGUUUUGUAUUAGGUUUUGCUGCUUUGUUUGCUGCUUGUUGGAUAUUUUUUGCUGAUUUUGUAUCAGCCAAAGGUCCAAAUAAACCAAAUAUGACAGUUGGACUUGAACUGUUUUUUCAAAAUGCUUUUAUAUUCGCUGCAUCUCUGAUUUACAAACUUGGUCGUGUGGAAGAUCAGUGGUAAAGAAAAAAUAAUAUUUAAAUGAUUUAUAUUGUACUACAUCAAAAAAAAAAUUAUAUAUUCAAUGUUUACAAAAUCUAAAUUAUGUGUUUAAAACACUAAAAACUAAUAAGCAUUUAAGACUAUAUUAUUGUAAAUAUUUUUUUUAAUAACAUUUUAACUAUUGUAUAUUAAGAAAAUACAAAUUAGUAGAUUAACUUAUUCAAAUUUUAAUCUCAAAUAUAAAACAAUUUGAAUUAUCUGCCUA